AUGGCAGCGCCGAGCACGGAGACGCUCAAGAUCGCCGAUGGUACCACGAUGGAGAUUACAAGGCUUCCUGACAUCGAUGAUGCGACAUGGGCAGAGGUGAAGCAGUAUGUGGAGAGCAAUCCCGAAACUGCCAAAUCUCUGCAGAACUUCGCGAAGAAUCCCGAGGCGAUGCGUGGCUGGCUUCAAACGCAGGCCAUUGCAGAGCAUUACAACACGAAGCUCACCAGUGGAGAUGCGCCAGUCCAGGAUCGCGUCAAGUCUUUGGAGCAGGAUCCCGAGCUGAAGGAGAUGUUCGAGGACAUCAAGAAAAACGGUAUGGAGGCUGCCAUGAAGUACUACCAGGACGAGACCUUGAUGCUGAAGAUCUCACAAAAGAUGGGAGGCCUACCAGAAGACCUCCAGCCUGUUCUGAGAAAGAUCGAGGAGACCCCUCUCACGCUCCAUGAGGCAGCCAAGAACGGUGAUCUCAAAGCUGUGCAGGAGUUUCUGCAGAAGAAGAAGCCCUUGGACUCCCAGGACCACAAAGGCAUCACGGCACUGGGCUAUGCUAUCGGCUCAAACCGUAUCGCCGUGGUGAAGCUGCUCCUGGACAGCAGGGCGAAUCCCUUUGCGGUCGACAGCAAUGGCAACAGCGGGCUUCACUACGCCGCUGGCUACGGCCGCAAGGAGCUCCUGGAAUAUCUCCUCAAGGUGGGCAUCAACGUGAACCAGCGGAAUGCACAGGGCCAGACGCCCCUGGCCGUGGCCCAGCUUAACAAGCAGGAGGCCAGCCUUCAACUUCUAGUCGCCCACGGUGCCCAAGCAUGA